GCAAACUAGUGUCAAUUCUUUUUUAAUGGAUUUCAGUGAACUGAUAAAAGGUACAAAUGUGACUCAAAUAAGAUAUUUUUCUUGUGAGUGGCAUCGUUAAAAAAACCUAAUUAGCUAUGGACAAAUUAUCAAAUUAUAAUCUAUUCCUUGUCAUAGUCGGAGGGAAAAACAUUCCUGUAGUCGUUAUUCAGAUUUUAUUGGUGCUACAACGGCAUAAUGCUAUUACUUUCGCUCAUCCACUAGCAGAUCCAGAUCCCGAUCCUCACCAUCAUCGUGAAAAAGUAAAAAUCAAAAUUAAAAUAAAAGAUUAUGGCGGUCACGGACGCGGAUAUGGAGUUGGCUAUGGAGGCGGUUAUGGCGGCGGUUAUGGAGGAGGUUUCGGUUUUGGAUUUGGAGGAGGCUACGGUGGAGGAUAUGGCGGAGGAUAUGGAGGAGGCUUUGGAGGAGGCUACGGUGAUUAUUAA